AUGUCUAAUGCUGAUCCUCCCUCGACCCCGCCGAGACAACCCGAAGGGAUCCCUGAGAUUAUCCUACAGGAAGCAAACGCGGCCGCUGCGGCAGCUCAGGAGGAUGAAGCCCGCGGUCACAAGGAGCACACGAAUAUAAGCUCUUCACCUGAAGGUCAUGUCCGGCACCAUGGCGGUGUUUCUCCCCACCUGGAGGAGGUGCCUCCCCCAGCCUACAACAGCACGACAUAUGGGGAGUUGGACAUAGAUCAGAAUGGCCUGAACACAGGCGCACAGGUAGCCAGCGAUGGCAGAGUCAAUAUCAAUAUCUGCCAGCACAAGGGGAAGCUCACAAACCUACUUCUGCCCGCUCUGCGCCACCAGCUCGAUCUAUCGAAAUGCAAACCCUCGGCGGGACCCCAAAUUCCCGAAGGACUGGGAGAAGUAGACGGACUCCCUCCACCUCCCAUGAACAUUGUGAUCCAAAUCGUGGGAAGCAGAGGGGAUGUCCAGCCAUUUGUGGCAUUGGGACAGGUACUGAAGAACAAGUACAACCACCGUGUGAGAAUAGCAACCCAUUCGACCUUCAAACAAUUCGUCACAGAGAACGGCCUCGAGUUCUUUAGCAUCGGGGGAGACCCAGCCGAACUCAUGGCUUUCAUGGUCAAGAACCCCGGUCUCAUGCCAGGUAUGGACUCGUUGAAGAGUGGGGAUGUCGGCAAACGACGGAGAGGUAUCUACGAAAUCAUCACAGGGUGUUGGAGGUCCUGUAUUGAGGCCGGGGACGGUAUGGGGGCACCGAUCAACGAUGACAACAUGGACACUCGCAGUUUUGACAGCGCCUUGUCCAUGCGCAUGGAUCCGACCCUGAAACCUUUUGUGGCAGAUGCCAUCAUUGCUAACCCGCCUAGCUUCGCACAUGUCCAUCUUGCGGAAAAGCUUGGUAUUCCCCUGCAUUUGAUGUUUACCAUGCCCUGGUCACCGACACAAUCUUUCCCACACCCUCUCGCGAACAUCAUAUCUUCAAACACGGAUCCCACCGUAACGAACUUUGUCACCUAUGCGCUGGUGGAUAUGCUAACCUGGCAGGGGUUGGGCGAUGUCAUCAACAAAUUCCGGGAAAGGAGUCUCGGCCUCGAACCAGUCAGCAUCAUGUGGGCUCCUGGCAUGGUCAGUCGAUUACGGAUCCCAUGGACGUACUGCUGGUCUCCUGCUUUGAUCCCUAAGCCCGCAGACUGGGGUAGUUACAUUGAUAUAUCAGGCUUUUUCUUCCUCAAUUUAUCAACGAACUAUACACCUCCACAGGAUCUGGCUGAUUUCUUAGCGGCUGGGCCACCUCCCGUCUACAUCGGAUUCGGUUCAAUUGUGGUUGAUGAUCCCAAUGCCAUGACCAAGAUGAUAUUCGAGGCUAUCAAGAAGACUGGCCAGCGGGCGAUCGUCUCCAAGGGCUGGGGCGGACUUGGUGCCAGCGAGUUAGGGAUUCCUGAAGGAGUCUUCAUGAUCGGCAAUUGUCCUCAUGAUUGGCUGUUCCAGCGUGUCUCUUGUGUUGUCCAUCACGGUGGGGCCGGCACAACGGCUGCUGGCAUUUUGGCUGGGAGACCAACAGUGGUAGUGCCGUUCUUUGGCGAUCAACCUUUCUGGGGUUCUAUGACGGCUAGAGCUGGUGCAGGCCCAAUGCCUGUCGCCUACAAGGAUUUGAAUGCCGGCAAACUCGCCCAGUCGAUACUGGAAGCACUCAAGCCCGAAUCGCUCGAUCGAGCGAAAGAGUUGAGCGCAAAAAUUAAGGCCGAAAGGGGUACUGAGGCUGGAGCAGAGUCCUUCCACAAACAAUUGCAGAUGUCAAACCUCAGGUGCUCGUUGGACCCUUCUCGAGUUGCAGUGUGGCGUGUGAAGCGAACCGACAUUCGCCUGUCAGCGCUUGCAGCUACGGUCCUCGGGACUGAAGGGCUUCUGGACUUCUCCGAUCUGAAACUGUAUCGACCCCGAGAGUACGAGACAGAAGACGGGCCUUGGGAACCGAUUUCUGGAGGCGCGGCUGCCUUGAUCGGCACUCUGGGCAACCUUUCAAUGGGGAUUGCGGACUUCCCAGUCGAGAUUCUCAAAUCUUUCAAGACUGCACACGGGGAGCUAAAGGAGAUUCAUGAGAGAAGACACAGUGGCACGGACACACCAACUGCGCCGUCAGAACGUACAUCUUCUGGCAAUGUCUCCAACACGCCAGCAAGCACUGUUACACCGGUUCAGUCACCGCCUCUCUCACCACUGGGUGCCCCUUCGCCGCUCAAUGAACCCUCUGUACCUCCGUCCAUGUCCUCUGUGCUGACAGCCGAUGGUUCCACGAAAUCCCAUCACCGACAUGGAAGCUGGUCACACCAUCGUUCCCGUUCUCGCUCUCAUUCCCGGUCAGCAAGCAGACAUCGCGAUUCGGCAAGUGAGGAGGUCGGCCAGGUCACACUAGAGACCGCCCUUUCUGGUGCGAAGGCUGCGGGUAAGAUCGUGUCGGCGGGCGUCAAGUCGCCUAUGGAUUUCACUUUGUCAUUGGCGAAGGGAUUUCAUAACGCGCCAAAACUAUACGGCGACGAUACUGUCCGGCAGAACGAGAAGAUUGUGGGUCUUCAGUCUGGUUUGAAAGUCGCCGGCAGAGAAUUCGGAUACGGAUUCUAUGACGGUAUAACCGGGCUCGUGACUCAGCCUCUGCAAGGGGCCAAAAAGGAGGGAGCUGCAGGCUUUUUCAAGGGCGCCGCGAAAGGUAUCGGUGGUUUGAUACUUAAGCCAGCUGCAGGUAUCUGGGGUCUCCCCGGAUACACUGCCAAAGGUAUCUACAGCGAGAUUUCAAAGCACUUUGGAAGCUCUGUGCAGAACUACAUCAUCGCUGCUCGCACGGCUCAAGGAUUCGAGGACUGGAAGAACAGCAGUCCUGCACAGAGGCAGAGAAUCGUCAUGGCCUGGAAAGAUAGCCAGCUCGAGACGCGGAAACACGGGCAACUUUACGGAGCUGACCGCAAGGAGGCGAUUGAAAGUCACAUUCUGUCCAAAUCCAAUACGAACUCCGUCGAACUGGUGCACGGGUUCAAAAACACGCGACAUCUCAGCUGGGAUGAACGAAAAACCCUGGCCGAGAGGAGGGAUCAGCUCAAGAAGGAGAAGAAAGAAAUUGAGCGGCAGGAAAAAGAGGUGCUCAGGGAGGAGAGAAGGAAGAGUAAGAGCGGUGGCAAGGUCAAGAGCCGAUGCAAGUUCUGUCCAUUCGAUCACUCUACCAGCCAACACCUCACGCAUACUCAGUCCCUCUCAAGCCUGGACCCGUCAGCCGGUAAGACGCACUCUCAAUCAUCGUACGCAGUGGGUGAGGAUUUCGACGACUACGAGCACGCCAUCAUGCAUUCGGUGACGUCCACCAGCAGAGGCAACCCGGAAGAAGAUGCCAUAGUUGCAAGAGCACUAAGGGCAAGUCUCCGGGAAUUGCACGGUGGAGGUGACAACCACAAGCGACCCGAUGCAGCUUACCAGCAAGCCAUCCAAGCCAGCAUCAGAGAGUUCAAGAGAGCCCAAGAAGAACAUGCUCAGCAGACACGUGUGGUCUCAAUAAAGGCCGAAAAGCCGGAAGAGGAGCACGACGCGGAACUCCACAAAGUAUUGACAGCAAGCCUGGAGGAGUAUAAAGCUGCCCAAGCUGCGAACGAUCAAGGGGCCAGGCCCAAAGACUCGCAGCACCAUCAUUUGGACGACAGUGACUCGGGCAUCGACACGGACUACGACGAGGAGUUCAAGCGCACUAUUGAGGAGAGCAAGAGGCUGCAUUCCGACAACGAGUUGAAGAAGAAAGAGCAAGAGCUCGCAGAAAUAGAGGCCGCCCUAGCCAGUACUAACGAUACUGCCAAAGGAGCCAUGGUGGCUAGCGAGGAGGCAGUUAUUGAUGAUGACAACGAACUGCAACAGGCAAUCACCGCGUCCGAGCAAGACGAGAAAAAGCACCAGGAAGAGCUCUCGAGGGAGAAGACAGAGGAAGAAAUUGUGCUCGAGUAUGUCAAGAAGCAGAGUCUGCGGGAGGAGGAGCUCAGGCGUCAGAAGACCGGCGAGUCCGCUACGACGUAA